GAGAGAGAGAGAGAGAGCAGAGGACGACGAACGAGGACAAGAAGAAGCUUCUUCUCAGAGAGAUCCCGUGGAGGAGAAUUCUAACCGGCGGAUCUGUUUGUUUCGGAGCUUUUUUUUUUUAAUUUGAAUCAUCCAUCAAUGGGUUUGUGGGAAGCUUUUCUCAAUUGGCUUCGUAGCCUCUUCUUCAAGCAAGAAAUGGAGCUUUCUUUGAUAGGACUUCAAAAUGCAGGAAAGACAUCACUUGUAAAUGUUGUUGCAACUGGUGGGUACAGCGAAGACAUGAUCCCUACGGUUGGGUUUAACAUGAGGAAGGUGACAAAAGGAAAUGUUACCAUCAAGCUAUGGGAUCUUGGUGGUCAACCAAGAUUCCGCAGCAUGUGGGAACGUUACUGUCGUGCUGUUUCUGCAAUUGUGUAUGUAGUUGAUGCGGCUGAUCCUGACAACCUCAGUGUCUCUAAAAGUGAACUCCAUGAUCUGUUGAGCAAGACUUCGCUUAAUGGUAUUCCUCUUCUGGUUCUUGGGAACAAGAUUGACAAACCUGGAGCUCUGUCCAAAGAAGCUUUAACAGACGAAAUGGGGCUUACAUCUCUUACAGAUAGAGAAGUCUGCUGUUUCAUGAUAUCCUGCAAGAACUCUACCAACAUUGAUCAGGUCAUUGAUUGGCUUGUAAAGCAUUCAAAAUCAAAGAACUAAACUUCACCAAGAACAUAUAUUCUCCCUUCUUGAUCUUCUUAGUCUUCCUGUGUUGUCUGGUUGAUGAUGAUGAUGAUUGUUGAAGACAUUUUUUCCUGUGAAACAAGAAUAUGUCUUUAUUUGUCGUCUGUCUAUCCUGCUGGUCUGGCCUUGUUUGGUCCAGUCGUGUCUUUGUAUAUUAGAUGUGGUUUGUUUUCUAUUC